AUGGCACGCAACCUACCUGGUACCGUCUACUACAACAUCGGCUUGGUCGUGCUGGAAGACAAGCGAAGCUACUGUCCCCUAUGCGAUCAGGACUGCAGCACGGUCCAGGCAGGGGCCAACCACUGCCGUACCCACGAGCACAAAACCAACAAGCGGCUCCACAGCUACCACUUGGGCCACUACUGCUGGACUGGAGAGGGAAGUACGUGGUGCUGUGCCUGUGCCCUUCUCCUCACGGCCGAGAGCGUGGAGCAGCACGCACGCGAUGCUCGACACGUCACCAACGCCCUCCACUUCGGCGAGGCCGCGGACAAAAGCAUCAAUUCCAGGAAGACAAAGUUCCGCCCGGGGCACCUCUCGCCAAGAAGAAGCGAUUGCGCACGCCUCGGUCAUGCACUCGUACUCGCCCUGCUCAGGUCGACUCUGCUCCUACGAGUGACGACCCUUAGCCGAAUCGAAGAUGAGCUCAGCCGGUUGACUCCUGCUGAGAGGUUCUACGCCGUUUCAGAAUUCGGUGCAAACUCUCUGCCGCUGCUACUGCAAGCCCUGCAGGGCUGUGCUGACGCUCAGCCAACCCAGCCGGACAUGGUUUCAGCAAUGAACUCCAUGACACUGAACGAAGGCUUGCGGCUGCACAUUCCAGCCCCCACGGCCGCAGGCGAUUCUCCAGCAGGAGUACUGGUCUUUGCGGCAGACACGUCUUCGAACCCGCAGAUGAUAGGCGUGAUUCCAACGAUCUCACCCUCACUCUCUCCGUCCGAAUUGCGUUGGCUGCUGGAUGAUUUUGGCUUCGACCCCAGCUCCAGCUUCAGCGGCCAGCGCACCGAAGACAUGCCCGCCGCAGGUCUCAGCUCUGGCUCCGGCUCCGACCCCAGCUCCAGCGGCCAGCGCACCGAAGACAUGCCCGCCGCAGGUCUCAGCUCUGGCUCCGACCCCAGCUCCAGCGGCCAGCGCACCGAAGACAUGCCCGCCGCAGGUCUCGGCUCCGGCUCCGGCUCCGACCCCAGCUCCAGCGGCCAGCGCACCGAAGCCAUGCCCGCCGCAGGUCUCAGCUCUGGCUCCGGCUCCGGCUCCGACCCCAGCUCCAGCGGCCAGCGCACCGAAGACAUGCCCGCCGCAGGUCUCGGCUCCGGCUCCAGCGCCAGCACAGUCUGCUGGUGCAAGCGCGUGCCAGAGAAGGCCCCAAGAAGUGCCCUGCAGGACCCCCUUCUUCAGAAGCUAAACCUGGUGAUCUCCUUCCCGCGCAAGAUGUGGGCGCUCAUGGGUUGCCCAGAGCACUACCACGACAACGUGAAACACGUCCGAGACGCGCUCUCUCAACACAGAAUUAAGCUGCCGCACUUCCCGCCGGAGGCCAACACGCUUCAAGUCGCGAGGUGCGAAACCGAGCUCAGGGCCACGCUCCCCCUGCUUCACGGCCACCUCUUCGCGGAGACCUUCGCGGUCCUCUACAACUGCGCUCGGAGCCUCGAGGUGGCCAAGGCGCGCUAUCGGACUACCCCCUUGCUUGCACUCGGUCCCGGCCGCCUGCGGCUCGGUUCUGGUCUGCUGGCUUCGCUUCGUGACGAGUUCCCCUCGGCCAUCUCCUCCUCCUCUGACUUCCUCCAGAAGUGGGCAGCCCAGAUGACGCACGCCAAACUUCCCCAAAACCAAUCUGCGUGUGAGGGGUGGGCUGACGGCCUGUGGGCUCUGCUCGCGAAGGAGAUUGGAGUGAUUGAAUAA